AUGCUAUAUGAUUGCCCUAGAAAAAAAGGGGAUAACCCUGAUUCACCAAUAAUUAGUAAUUCCAAUGAUCAAAUUUAUAACAGUAAAAAAUGCACAUUAUUAUAUAAUGAUAUAAAUAAUGAUUUGACGAAAAUAAAACAAGAAAAACAGAUUUUGUUGAUAGGUGGUAAAGAAUUCUUUAAAAAACCACAUAGUGGAAGUUAUAACCAUGUAAAUAAAAAUAUAGUAGAAAAUAAUUGUAACAUUACUAGAACCGAACUUAAGACAAAAAAUUGUGAUAUAGUAGAUAAUUGUAAUAUGGUAGACAAUUGUAAUAUGGCAGACAAUUGUAAUAUUUUAAAAACUGGUGAAGAAAAUAACCAACUAGAUAGACAUACAAAUAUAGAAGAAAAAAUUAUUAUUUCAAAAAGUGAUAAAAAUAGUUCUACACCUAUUUCAUAUUAUGUUAGAGAAAUAAAAAUAAAUAAAAGUUUUAACGAUAUUCCAUUUAUUGAAGAAUCUUAUCAAUCUUCAAAAAUGGAUGAAAAUAAUUCUAGUUGUGAUUCUGUAAAUGAUACAUUUUUAAAUGUUAAAAAUAAAUUUAUUCAAUCAAUUAAAGGUGAAGAAAAUGAUAUAAUUAUUCAUGAGGAUAAAACUAACGAUGCUGAUAGUGCAAGCACUGAAUGUAGAAUUGAAAAAGAAGAGAAAAAUGAAUAUGAAGAAAAUUAUAUCAAUAAAAAAAAUGAGAUACAAAUACAAAAGCAUUUAAAUAAUUCAUUAAAUUUAUAUAGUAGUGUAUGUAACAAAAAAUGUGAAAUAAAAUCAACAGAUUUAAAAGAAGAUGUAGUUGUAGCAGUUUUAAAUUCUUCUGAAAAAUUUGACAAAAAAAAUAAUGUAAUUUUUUCAAAUGAACUAAAAAAUAUAUAUAAAGGAACAAAAUUUAGUAUGUCAAAUAAAAGGCGAAGUUUUAACAAAUUAAAGAAUAUUAACCGCGGUAAAAUUUUUAAAAAUAUUAUAAAUAUAAACAAGUCAAAACAUCUAAAAAAAAAUAAAAAUAGUAACACUAAAAAUGGUGACAUUAACAAGAAUGAUAUUAACAAUGGUAAUAUGAAGAAGAAGAAAAAAAAAAGAAAAAAUACAAUUUAUAGAAAUACUUUUAAUAUCUCAAAUUUGUUGAAAGAAAUAAUUAUAUUAAGUAAUCCUUCUCAAAAUUAUUCAGAUGAUGAUAAUGUGAUUAUAAAAAAUGAUAUAAAUAGUUUAGACAAUAAAAUUAUGAACAAUGUAAAUGUAAUAGAACAAUGUAAUAAUUUUGAUGAAAUUAUAAAGGAAGACGGGUUAAAAAUAAAUGAUAAUAAUUUAUAUAUCCUUAGAAAAAAUGUAGAUAAUGAAAAAGAUGAAUUAAAAGAAAAAAUAUAUAAAAAAUCGAUAUCAUUGGUUAGACAUAAUAGUAAAGAUGAAGAUAAUACCAAUUUUUUAGUGGCACAAAAAAAACAAAUUUAUCAAACAAAUCAAUAUGUCAAUACAUUAAAAGGAGAACAAAUAGAAAAUAAGACAGAACCAAUAAAAGAGUAUUCAUCUCAAAGUAUAAAAUUUGUUGAAAUAAAAAAUAAGAGUAUUACUUGUGAUGAUAUUGUUUAUGAAAAAUAUAUUAACGACGAAAUUGUUAACAAUAUUAUUUCUAAAAAAGAAAAAGACGAAGAAAUAAAAAAAAAUAUGAACAAAGAUUCUAAAUAUAAUCCUGAAUCAAUUUGUGUUAAUUUAAAAAACAAUGGUAAUCGUUUAAAUGAAAAACCAAAUAAGAUAGAAACAGAUUUAAGAGUAAUUAAAAAGGCCAUUCCAAUUACCCCAAGUUGUGAAUUAAAAAAAGUAAUGACUUUUGAAAAAAAAAAAAAUAUACCAUUGUCUUUAAAAAGUAAUGAAGACAGAUUGUCAGGAAAAUAUAUACGUACUAAUGACAAUCACAAAUUUGGAUUUUACAAAAAUGGAAAUAUUAAUAUAAAAUUAAGAGGAGCACAUAUAAAUGCAGAAAAAAAAAACAUUUCUAUCAUUUCAGAUGCUCUAAAAAUGAUAGAUAAUAAUACUAUAGAAAGUGAUAGCUAUAUGGAUAGUAUGUAUAAAAUGAAAAAUAAAGAAAGAGAAGAAAAAGAUAGACAAGGAAAAAAUGAAAGACAAUUUAUUAAAGGAACUAAAAUAAACAAUGAAAAAAAUGCAAAAAAUGGCAUAAAUGUUUGUCGAAAGAAUAUUAAAAAUAGUACUAUUACUAAUAGCCAAAAUAAUAAGGUUGUUAAAAUAAAUUAUUUUCCUUCUAUAAAUAGACAAAAUAAUAUGGCAACUUAUAUUGAGAAGGAAAAAAAUGAUUCACAUCAAUAUUCAAAAUUAUUAAAAGAAGAAAAGAAAAAUAUAUUAUUUAACAAGGGGGCUUUAGUUAUAAACAAACUUAAUCAAAUAGGAAAUGAAUUAAACAAAUUUAAUUAUGUUAGCAAUGAAGAUGUAAAAGAAAAUGAAAAAAUAAAUAAGAGCCAAAAAGAACUUAAUAAAUCUAAUGAUUCGCUGUGUCAUAGUUCAAGUUCUUAUGAAUCCCAAAUAUAUUAUCCCAACGUUUCAAACAUGAAGAAAGAUAAUAAUGAAAUUAAAAGAUAUAACCCAAUACAGACACAAAAAAUAGAAUCAAAUAAAAAAAAAUUAUCUACUGGUUGUUUUGAAAUAAAAAAUAACAUAUCUUCGAAUUUGAAAAAAAAUGCAUGCAUUAGUAUGACAGACGGAUUGAAGAAUGAAGCUGAAGACGAAAAUACGAAAAAACGAAUUUCUACUAAACUGAAAAAAAUAUCAUACACUGAAAAAUUAAAUGAAAGUAAAUAUGGGACUAAUAAGACUGAAAGAAAAAAAAAUAUAAAUAACAAUAUAAUAAAUAAUAAAUUAGAUGUAAAUAAAAAUAAAAAAAAAGAAAGAUAUCCCCUAGAUGUUGUAGUAUCAUAUAAAUGCAAAAAUAUUUAUGUUAAAAUUAAUGUAGAUACAAAUAACGAAGAAUUGUUAAAAUAUACAUACCAAAAAAUAUCAAAGAGAAAUAUACAUUAUAAAUUAACAACAACUAAAAUUAUUGAUGGAAUUAUUAAAUCAACAGAGGAAAAGGUUUAUAAAUCUUCAAAUAUGAUUUUACUAAAUGCAGAAACAAAUGUUUUUUAUAAUAUGACUAUACAUGCAUUUUCUACAGUUUCACCUAAUAUAUUGUUAUGUGCAUCUGCUUCUUUUUUUCUAAAUAAAUUUAAUAUUGAAAAUUUUAAGUUAAAAACAUCGUCUUCUGUAUCUUUUGCAAAUGAUGAUCAACCAAUAAGCUCUAUUCUGAACAACACCAUAAAGACAAAAUAUGUUGUAAAGGGAAAAGAAAUUUACUCUUCAAAAAGUGGAACAAAUUAUAGCAUAAAAACUGGAUUAAAAUGCAACAAAAAGAAGGAUGGAAAUUUUGAUGAAAAAAAAAAUUAUAUUUUAGAAGACAAUUAUGACAAAAAGGAGGAAAUGCUUUCUAACGACAUUUUUCAUAGUUCUGUAGAAUCAGAUACAUUUGAAGAAAAUGAUAUUAAUUUAAAAAAUAUAAAUAUUUCUAACAUAUCAGAGAAACAUAAUGAAUUUAUUGAGCAAAACAAAAAUGAAGAUGAUAAUGAUAGUUCAAUUAUGCAAAACAAAAAAUGCAAUCUAAUAAAUAAUGAUGAUUAUUUAAAUAAUUCUACAUAUGAAAAACUUUUAUUUGAUUUUAAAAACAUUAAUAAAAGACAAGCCCAAAAUAAUUUAGAAGGUUUUAAAUAUGGAAACGAUUCAAAUAACAAUUUUAAAACAAACAACGUCUCUAACAAUUUAUGCGCAACUAAAAUAGCUAAGACUCCUUGCAAUGCAAAUAUUAAAAAGCUUUCUAUUUUGGAGGAUAUGCUUUACAAAGAAUAUAACGAAGAAAAAUUAGACAAAAAAAAUGGAGAAAAUGGUGUAAAAAAAACAAUAGAAGAAAGAAAAAAGAACGCAAAUUCUAUCGCUGAAAGUGUUAAAGAAAAAAUCGGAAUCUUAAAAAAAACGAUUUUUAAUAAUUCUUCCAUAAAAAAUAAUCAAGCUGAGCAAAUAAAAAGCAAAAAUAACAACAUAAACAACAGUACAAGCAACAGCACAGACAACAUUACAAAAAAAAAUACAGAUAAUAAUACAGAUAAUAAUACAGAUAAUAAUACAGAUAAUAAUACAGAUAAUAAUACAGAUAACAGCUUAUCAAAAUAUAUGCUAGAAAAGGGAAUUGAUAUAUCCGGAUUAGACAAACAAGCCCAAAAUAAUAUCCUCAAAAAUAAUUUGAACUCGAGCAAUGAAGAUGCGAUAUCUGAAAAUAACAUUUAUAAAAAUUGCAUAGAUGAUAUUAAAAAUAUAGAAACAAAAAAUUAUGAACAAUUUAUUGUAAAGGAUGAUAAUAGUAACUAUAAAGAUGAUAACAAUAUAGAUUUGGGUUGCUACAGUUUUCAAAAUUGUUUAGAAAAUGAAUAUGUUAAAAUUAAUUAUAAUAUAAAUGAAACAUGUAAAAUGGUGGACGGUAAAGAAUGUAGUUUACAAAUAAUAAGAAUUGAACACGACACAAAAAUUCCACAAAAUAAAGCCGCUGCAUUAGCUGAUAUUGUAAAGAUACAAUAUGAAAAUGCAAAUAAAUACAACACUGAUAACAUAAUGUUUUAUGAAGAUAUAUAUACACCUAAGAAUCAAAUAAAUAGUCAAAUAGGAAACAAUGAAAACAUGUAUACAAGCGAAGAUGACGAAAUUGUUAAAAAAAACAAAUAUAACGAGGACUAUUUUUUAGGAAAUGAUUUUACUAAAAUUGUCCAUCCACAACAAGAUUGGAUAAAUAUUUCACCCAUAAAAAAUAAAGCUUUUUUAGACAAAUUGCAAGAAAGAAAAAUUACAUCAUAUUUUCCAUCAAUUGACAAUAGCCAUAGUGCAUAUAAUAAUGUCGGUGCAGAAUUUUCUCAAAAUUUAAAUGAUAACAAAAAUGAAAAUAUAUCACUAUUAAAUCCAUUGAAUUACGAAAAAGAAGAAAUAGAUGAUUACUACACCCGAUUGGAUAGUCAAGGUAGUGCAAAUAUGGAAUAUGAUGAAGAAAAUAAAGAAAAGGAAAAGAAAAUAAACGAGAACAACGAAAAUAUUUAUACAGAUGAACCCAUUUUUGAAGUAAACUCCACAUCUAAAAAUGAAAUAAAUAAUACUAUCAAAAAUUAUUUAAUUAAUAAUAAUAUGUAUAAUAAUAAUAAUGCAACCAAAUAUCAAAUUAACAGAGAACAAUUUGAGAAUAAAAAUAAUAAAAUGAAACAAGACAGUGGUAAAGAUAAUGUCACUUCUUUUAUAAAUGAAAUAGACAAUACAUAUAUAAGAACACCUUUAGAUAUGCCAUUAAAUAAAUAUGGUCAAUGCCCACAAACAAAUCCUCUUUUUUCAAGUCCAAUCAAAAACAUGAGAGCAAAUGGUGGAACAAUGACCCCACCAAUUAAUAGGGCAAAUAAAAAUUUAACAAAUUAUAAAAACAUAGAUCAAGAAAAGGUUGCAGAAAAUAGUGCAAAAAAAGAAAUAAAGGAAAACAAAUCAACUGAUGACAUUAAUACUAACAACAAUACAUAUGCUUCAUAUUUUAGAAAAGUAUGUGAUAGAUUGAAUUUAACAGGUAAAAUCGAUAUAUUGAGUAAAACUAAUUCAGCUAUAAAUUUUUUCAACAAAACAUUUAUGAACAAGCAAAGUACACCAACUGAAAAAUCAAAUAAAGAUAAAAAUAAUCAGGCAAAUGAAAAAACAAGAGAGAAAAUAUAUAAUUCAGAUGAUUUAUUAUAUAAAAAAAAUAAUUAUAGAAAAGUGGGAUCUAUGAGUAAUGAAAAUUCUAAAUAUAAUAGUGCUUAUAAAAUAUAUGAUAUUAAUAAUAACAGCAAAAACCAUAUAAAUAUACAACCUGAUAAAAUUACACAAAAUAUGGUAAAUCAUAAUGAUUUAAUAAAUUUAAAACAAAUGAAAACUGAAAAGGGAUUACCAUAUAUGUAUAUAAAUGGAGACAGAAAUAUAAUGAAGAUAAAUAAUGAUAAUUUAAAUAUGAAAGACAAAUCAAGAAAUAGUAAUAAUAACUAUGUUAAGGAGAAUAUUAAUAAUAAUAACUAUAAAAAUUAUGAACAGGAAAUAAAAUACAUGAAGAAUCCCAAUAUGUACAUCAACUCUCAAAUUCCAAUUAAUAGACAAGUUAAAAAUAAUAUGGGAACAAAAUUUGUGCCAAAAUAUUGGAUUAAUAAUAAAGCACCAUUUAAAUGUACUAAUGUAAACAAAAAGAAUAUUACAAAUCCUGAGAUAAAUAAUAGUUCUAAAUUUAUGAAUCAUAAUAAUUUAAUAAAUAGCCAAAAUGGUAUUUAUAUGAACAAUGUAGAUAUGAGAAAUGGCAAUACUAUAUAUAGACCAAAAAAUUGUAUGAUCAAUACAAAUAUAACUAACGAAUCCAAUAUUAAUAAUAUGAACAACAGGAAUUAUUAUUAUAACAAAAGUGGACCACAAUUUACACUUCCACAUCAACAAAAUAUUUCGAAUUAUGAAAAUGCAUACAAUUUAAAUUAUAAUAAUAUAUAUAUGCAGAACCCCAAUGUAAAUAAUCGAAAUCAAAUUCCUUUUAAUUUACAAAAUGACGAAAAUAUUAAAAAAUCUUAUAUGGAUCAAUAUUUGAUGAAAUAUAACCAAGCAGUUAAUAACAAACAUGUCCAAAAUAAUUUAAUCGGAAAAACAAACUUAAGACCUAAUAUUGUAUGUAAUGAAAUGUUUGAUAAUAAAAAACAAUAUAUGCAAAAUUACCCUCAAAAUUAUCCUCAAAAUUACCCUCAAAAUUACCCUCAAAAUUACCCUCAAAAUUAUCCUCAAAAUUACCCUCAAAAUUAUCCUCAAAAUUAUCCUCAAAAUAAAAUCGAUUUGAAUAAAUAUGGAUAUUUUCCAUUAUAUGAAAGAGGGAAAGAUAACGGAAAUAUGACAAAUUCAUAUAUACCAUUUAAAGUUAACAAAGAAGUAAUUAAUUCUGGUAUUAAAAGACAAGUACAUGAAAAAUUUAAUGGUGAAGAACAAUUAGAAAAAAACAAGAUUAGUAGAGAUGAUAAAAAUAAUAUGACUAAAAAUGUACCUGUAUUGAACCCAAAUAUGUUAAGGGAAUUUAACCCUGAUAUUAAAAAUAUUUUAAACUAUCCUAAUAUACAAUUUAAUGGAAAUUUAGUUAAUAAAAAUUUAGGAAACAUACAACAAAAAUAUGGAUAUGGAAAUGUUUAUGAAAAACUACAAAAUAGUACUCGUAAAUUUAUGGGCAAUUCAACAAAUAUUAAUAUUGAUACAAAUAAUCGAAACAAUAGUAAUAAAAAUGAAGAUUUAAAUAAUAUAUUAUAUAAGAGUAUUGAUGGUAAUGAAAAAAAAAAAAAUAUAUAUCAUCAUGCAAAUUUGUUUGAUUAUAAAACAACACAAGAUAAUAAUUCUGUUAGAAUAAAUUCAGAGAAUAUAGAUGAAAAAACUGAAAGAAAUUAUUCAUUUAUGAAUUUAAACACAGAUAACUAUGAAAGUAAAGUUUUUCCAGCAAAAAAUUCAUUAUUGCAACUUAAAAAAAAAAAAGAAGUUGAUACUUUUGUAAAUAAUAUUGAAGGAAAUAUGAAUACAACAUCAUCUCGUUUUAGUUUUUUUAACCAUAACGAAAAAAAAGAAAAUAUUAAUGAUAUGAAAAAAUAUUUUGGAACAAAGAAAUCGAAUGAUGAAAUAUUUCCAUCUAUACCAAUAAAAGGUAUCAUAGAUUAUAAUAGCAAAGAACAAAAAAAAGAUGAUAAUAAAAACAACAGUUGUAAAAAAAAUUGUGUAAAAUUUAACGAUGUGUACGAACUUAGAGAAUACGAUAAAGAUGAUCAAAUAUGUUACAUGUCUGAACAAGAAUUAAAUUUUAAAGAUCUACAAAAAAUAAAAUCCAAACAAGUACAUAAAUCUAUAUUAAAAAAUAAAAACGUAAAUACGAAUGGUUGUAAAAAAGAAACAACAUUAAACAAUAAAAUACCUACUGAUAUUUUAUUUUUAAGUAAUGAUACUAAUCUUAGCAAAGAUAGAAAAAUUUCACCAUUUUUUGGUAAUAAAAAUAGUGUAGAUCUUUCAAAUGAGAAUACCCUUCUCCCAAAAAAAAAUCAUUCCAAUGGACCAUUUAAACUAAAUAUACAAUUCAAUGAUUAUGUUUGGGAACAUAUUGUCUUUACAAGAGACGAUAUUAUAGAUGAUAAAAUAAACAAUUUUAUAAGUUUUCAUGGUCUUAAAAAGCUGUUUUUAAAUCCAAUAAGAGAAAAAAUUAAAUAUAUGUUGCAAAGUGAUGUGCUCAACUGGAACGUCAACAUCACCGAGAUGUUGUAG